CGAAAGAGGCGUCAAAUCAACCUUUGGAGCUUCAGUGACGAUAGCCAUAGCACUACCAGCUGCACCAGCAAAACAAGGCCUCUUCAACUCCCCUGGAGGAGCAAGCCCCUGAGCUAUCUGAGCCGUCACUGCCUGUGCGUCCGUCAUGAGCUCCCUUCCAGCGGCGCGUGAAGGUCGUCGCGGCCGCAAUGGCCGGUCCCGCACACCUGAGCGCGACGCUCCCCUGGCUGCUGCGGCUGCUGUUGUGGGUGACGGGAGGGACGGUGGAGGGCGCGGGCGGCGCAGAGACGGCUCUCGUGACAGCUCCGGCCGCGUGGACAAGGCUGAGGUCAGCGCAGAGCAACCAGCAGUCAGGACACGGUUGACAGGAAUUUGGUUGUGCUUUUUCUGUGUGUCUUGUGUGUGUGUGUGUGUGUGUGUGUGUGUGUUGCAGGAGGCCCGUGUGGGUGUCCGCGGUCGAGGUGCGGGUCGCCGUAAGGGCAGCGAGUCGGCUAAGGGUGUGGACAAGGAAGAUGGGGAGGAGGCCGCCAUCGCCGACAAGAAGGCUGGUGAUGAGGGGCCGCCCAAGAAGGACGAAGGUAGCGAGGAGGAUAUCUGCUCCGUGUGUCAGUGCUGCCGCAGCCCGGCCGAUGUGGUGAGUCACAUGGAGAGAGCCUGGGGAAGGGCGGGAGAAGCAGCGUCACUGUUGUGUGUCUUCUGUGUUCUCUGUAUUCCACAGGGUCGCUUGGGCUGUGGACAUUCCUUUUGUUUCCCGUGCAUCAGCAAGGUAGGUAUAGCCACCGAGAGCGCCGAGAUCAUACGGACGCCGCACCGCGCUACACUAGACGAGCUUAUGCGUGUGUCGUGCAGUGGGCCAAGCAGCGCAACGAGUGUCCCGUGUGCCGCGAGGUGUUCCUCAAGAUCACCCGCCGCUGCAAGAGCCAGCACACCAUGACUCUCCGAUCGCGAACCAACAAGUGCGCAAACACAAACACACCGCACCACGCGCCGCACCACGCCACGCAACGCCACGUGUGUCCCCUCCCCAUCCAUCUGUGAUCAGGUCUUCGUCUGCCAGCUCCUCGAGCGCUGCUGCUGCUGCGGGGGGUGCUGGCGGGGGCGAUUCGUCGUCGGGUGGUGCGUCAGAGUGGUACGAGCAGGUGGUGACGGUGCAGCCGCCCCGCCAGGGGCCGCCACACGGCGCCGCGAUGGGCGGGAUGGUGCAGUCGGUAGUCAUCGAAGGGUUGCCGCUAGGUACGCUCACAUAACAUACACACGCAGGAGGCACUGUGGUGCGAUCACGGAGUUGUGGUGUGGUGUGCUGUGGUAUGGUGUCUUGCCGUUCUGGUGCAGGUAUGCUGUUCGCCUUUGGCGGCGGCGCCAUCGGAUUGCCUGCGUAAGUCUGACUUUCCACAUACAGCAGCCCUCACCUCAGCACACACCACAUCAGCUUGUUUUGUCCCCUCUGUGUAUUGCGUAUUGUGUAGCCUGAUGGGCCCCAUUGUCCAGGCCAUGAUCAUGGCCGAACUGCACGACCACCAGCACGGCAACCACGCCCAAGGCGACGGCAAUGCGGCGGCGGCGGCCAACAACCCCAACACCAAUGGCAGUGGCAAUGGCAACGGCGAGGGGGUCGGGGAGGGCCAGGAGGGGGGAGCAGAAAGUGCAUAGCCGGCCAGUGUAUGCAUACCUCCCUGCCUCACCUGUGUGUGAGAGUGUUUUUUCCGGUCGAUAUUGCAGCUGAGGUGGACGGACGAGUGGUGGGUGGUUGAGGGCCGGCCUGUAUUGUCUCCUCUGUGUACAUAGAUGCGUGGAUCGCUGACGGCUGCCUGCCUGGCUGUCUGUCUGUGCGGUGUUUUUCUGUCGCUUGUUGUCGCAUUUGCAAAGAUCAAGAGGGCUGCAGCAGAAGGAGCAAAGACAGCUGCCCCUUUUCUGACGGAGGGAGGGGAGAGAGGCGUACAUAAACAUACAUACACACGUGGAUGGACGGAUGUGCCUUUGUAAAGUAGCCGGGCUGCCCGCGUGCCCUCCCGCCUGCCUACCUCACGGAUGCAUGCAUCGAAGGUGGUGUGGGUUUCUGUGGCUGAGGGCCUGAGGCAAGGAGGCGAGUGCGUAGCGAUAGCGCCUGGGAGCCAGGCACAUCGACAUGCACACCCACACACAUGUACUUAUUCCUUCCCAUCGAUUGGCCGCCCUCUCCUUUAUCUGCCCCACAUAUACGUCGUACACAUGAUCCGUCCGUGUCUGCCCACCUCGAUUGGAUGAAUGGUCUAGGCUUUUCUUUUAUCACCGCCUGGACAAUUGACGCCUGUCUGGCUGUCUGUCUCCGUGCCUGUGUGCCUCUCUGGACGGGUGGAUGGAUGGAUGGAUGCCGCCUCUGCUGUCUCGUUCUGACUGUUGCAGCGCUGCGUGGCUGUGUCGAAGUAAGAGCAGACACCCUGUGUCUGUGCAGAUGAAUGCUCUUACUUGAGCAGACUGCGAUGCUGUCAAAGUCAGGACACCAUGCAGCACCAGAGUGACUCUGGCUGUUCAGCUGUGUUGACCUGCGUGUACAGGUGUGUGGCUGGGUUGAUUGCGUGGUGUGAUGGACAGGUCAGUUCACACUUCCUUCAAGUUUGAUGACGGCAUGAC